AUGGGUGGAGGCGGCAACUCGCGGACGCCGGGGACCGGCUCUCCUCACCGAGGGACGCGCUCGGCCGGGACCGGAGAGUGGAGCUGUCCCUCCGCUCCCUACCCUCAGCCCCGGGAGGAAAACAGCCCCAGUGCCACCACAGCCACCUCCAAACCCGACGGCGGAGCCUCACAGCAGCACAGGACGACAGCCGUCAGCCAGCGCCUCCGCCCCGCCCUCAGCGACGGCCUCGGUCACGUGGAGCCCAGACAGGGCGGGGCUCUACGGUUGUGGGGGGGGAGUGGUGUUAGAGGCUGUCGGUUUCCAUGUGAAGCCGGGUUUUUUUUAGGGAGCCACAGCGGAGGGGUGUCUGAAGGUUAUGUGGAAUUUAGAAUUAAACACACAUGGGAUGGUUUACCUGUGAGCCAUAACCUGGUUAUGAUUCAGCUGAGGCCAGACAAUGCAGGACUGCUAAUGGAAGUUCAUGGUCCCUUCUGUAAUGACCCUCAAGCACCACUUGGAGAGUCAGGGAAACCUUUUGAUAGGCUGUGGGAUUAUGAGGUUGUAGAAGCAUUUUUCCAAUUUGCAAUUCAUGGCUCGAAAGAAGAGAGGAUAUACAAAGCACUUUAUCUUGUGCCUCAAAAUGAACUACAGGAAGGACAGAAAGCAGAUUUGUAAACAUAAAAUUAGCUCUUUUAGUUGCACUGUUGUUGGAAUACUUAAAGAAAGCCAAUCUAGUUUUAGGACUGAGUGGCACUAGUAUUUUAAUUAUACUGCUUAGCUCUGGAUCCAUUGGUGCUGUAUUUUGUAUAAAGCACUGAGGCAGAUAGAUGUAAUCAGUGCUUGAUUUCCAUGUUAUCCCCUAGGUGUAUAGAAAACUAUGCAUUCAAUACUAUUGACAUCUGCUUGAUCACCUUCCUGAGCUAAAUCAUAGAUAGGUUGUUCUACUUUUCCCUUGCCUCCAGCACCUCCUGAAGUACCAUUUAGUGAUAAUUUCACCAGAUAUAUUUCCAGUAAAUCUCUUUUGCUACUCCCCUACUGUUCUAAACAACUUCACCUCUACAGAUGGCUCCAUACUGUAGAAAAAUUUGAAAAGGCAGACUAAACCAAAAAGCAUAAUAAAAGGAUACCCAGUAUCAUUAGAAAAACUAGAGAAUCUUGACUUUUAAAUUGUGCUUUGGACUUAUUUAUUUUCUUUGGCUGUGUGGCUGAGAUGGUUGGUCUGAUAAAACCUGUUACUUCUGGUCACUUUUUGUAAAUUAACUAGCUCUAGAGAACAGACUAUAUUUCUUAUGCAACCUUGUCGCACAACAUACAAUGACAAGUAAGGUAAAUCAUAGGUAAAUUAUGCUUUGUUGCCUUUUUUUUAAGAAAAACUUAUGUUUUGCAGCUGUUUAUUUUUAAAAAUUCUAAGCUAUUGCUAAUAAAAUACAUUAGCAGUGUUCUGUGAGAAAUAGAUAUUUUUAUUUCUCUGUAAUAGCCUGUAAUAAUUUCAAGAAGGGAUUCUUUUUACAGUAUUGCUUUCAAAAAAAACCCUUGUCUUUUUCAGACCUUGGUAGAAGAUGUGAUUAUGCGAAGAGGCUGUUCCUUGCUGCUUUCAUUGUUCUUAGUUUGUCUUUACUCUUACAAAUUACCUCCUAAUACGAGAGUUCCAUUCACCUUUUUAAAUUAUUAAUGUGGUGUCAGAUGUUCUAUUUACUGUUUAGUGGUUUUUUAAUGUAAGUAUUUAUUUUUGGUGCCUUCCUUCUAUUGUUUCUGUAUGAUAGCCUAAAGAAAAACUUCUUAACAAGAAAUGAUUCAUAGUAUUUAAAAGAAAAUGAGGUUUCUAGUCUUUUGAAAAAAAUAUAUUUACUAGCUUCAUUAUCCCAUCCAGUCUUCCUUUCCUCUGUAAGUUGGUCAAGACUUGUAAAUUUUGGCUCCACUGGAGUGCGGAUAUGUCAUAAAGCAAGAUGUCAUUGCUCUUUCUCUGACAGCGGUUCCAGACAGCAUAAGCUGAGGGAGUUUAAAAGGCAAGCACUUUGUUAACUUCACUUUCUGCUGGGUGAUACUUCUUCAUAGCUGAAUAUUUUGCCCUGUGCUUCACAGUACAAGUCAUUGUCUGGAAUUUUUCAAGGAUUUAGACAUGAAAGAACUAAUAGGAGAAGACUGGAAGCAGCUGUGAUGGACUGAGAUGUUAUUAAUGUCUUAAACAUUGUCAAAAUCAUAGAAAGCCUUUUUGUCAAGCUGCAAGAAAGCAACUGCCUGUCUGCAACCACUGAAAUCACCCCCUCUUCCUCAAUAUGCUUCUUGACUGGAAUUUGGACUGUGAAGGGAAGCUUGAGAUAAGACUAUUGUCUAAUCAUCUCAGGUCUGAGGAGAAGUAAACAAGGCUCAGGGAAUCUGCCCUAGCUGAGCUCAGUGGGUGGCAGAGGAGGAGGGUUUGGGGAGUGUGAUGGCAAAAUCUCUCCACACAAAACAGAGUAAACCGCACCCCCCCAGGAUGACUAGGUACACAUGGGGCAUUCACAUGAAUGGCAGCUGAGAAGGGGUCAUAAACAAUCAAAGACCCCCAAGGUAUCCCUCUCACCACCAAGAAGACCAGAAAAAUGGGACCUAUGGGAUGCUGCCCGAUUACAUGGAGUGGCGAUAUAUUUUCUAUUUUUCUCUCUCUCACUCUCUUCUUCCCCUCACCAUCCUUUUUCUAUUUCUUUCUAUCUCUCUCUGUCUCAGAUUUACUGUAAAAUACACCAUUCUGAGCAGAGUUUUUUAAUAUCAGAUUAGUAAGGCUUUCCUUGACACCGAAGUCAUCAAUCAGUCUUAAAAUCAACAGUAAAGUAUGUGGCUCAGUUGAUUCUAAAUGAAUGAACAGCUCGUGUGUCAAUUCAUCUGGGUAUGGAGUUUUUAUCUGUGCAAGAGAUAAAUCUAUUGCUACCAAUGACAGUGAAAAAAUAUACUAAAAUUACAGCUGUGUUUUCAUGAGAGCUCUAAAGCCUGGUAAGGCCAAUACCUGGCUUGAAAUCUUUUGGGUUCUGGUAGUUGCUGCAUUUCUGCUGUAUUUUCACUGCUACGUUUUUGUUUCUUGACUG